GGAAGUGGUGUCGUUUGGGGUUGGCUCGUCGACUUCCCACUGGCACUGACACGCAUUCACCGGUCUUCCCGGCGGCAGCCUCGUCUCUUUCUCACGUCUGAAGCUCGUUAUUCGGGUUUUCGUGUCCGGUUUAUGAUUGUCCGCUUACUGAGUGGUUUGUCUACGAGGGCGCCGAGUGUUUUGUACCGGGUCGCGUUGAUGAUGAAGCCGCAGGUUGUGUUCGUGCUGGGCGGGCCUGGCGCCGGGAAGGGGACCCAGUGCUCCAAAAUCGUGGAGAGUUACAGCUACACCCAUUUGUCAGCUGGGGACUUGCUGAGGGCAGAGCGAGCUCGAGACGGCUCAGAGUUUGGCCAGCUCAUAGACAACUGCAUCAAAGAGGGAAAAAUUGUCCCCGUAGAAAUCACCAUUAACUUACUUAGGAAGGCUAUGGAAGAGACAAUGCAGACAGAUGAGAAAAACUUUCGCUUCCUUAUAGACGGUUUCCCCCGAAACGAGGACAACCUCCAGGGGUGGAACACUGUCAUGGACGGGAAAGCAGAUGUUAAAUUUGUGCUUUUCUUUGACUGCAGCAACGAGGUUUGCAUCAACAGAUGUCUAGAAAGAGGGAAGAGCAGCGGCCGCACGGAUGACAACAGAGAAAGCCUGGAGAAAAGGAUCCAAACCUACCUGCAGUCCACACGACCAAUCAUUGACCAGUAUGCCAAACAGGGCAAGGUGCGCACCAUAGAUGCCUCUCGUUGUGUGGAUGAGGUGUUCGCUGAUGUGAAAGCCAUCAUAGACAAAGAGGACUGACCUCCAUCCUUCAGUGUUCAAUAUUCAGUUACCUUUUAGUUUUCUUUUUAUCAACUGCAGUUACACUAUAUGAUGUUUAUCUGUUCAUUCAUAUGACUUUUUAUUUUGUCUUUUGUUUUGUCUCUUUUGUAAAUGCCACGUUGCUUAUUUGACACCGUGUGUUUGGUAUACAUGGGCGUGGAUGUGAAGUAGGGAUGGGCGGCAGCAGCUCGUCUGCACUGCCGGAUCUUUGAUCAUAGUUUGAGGUCUUUGCAUAGGAUCAAGUAGUAUUGCUAGCUUGGGGGUGGGGAGGCAUUAUCGUUGUCAAACAAAGACACUUGCAGCGCUGCAAGUCACAAAAAUGGUUUAUAUCACUACAACAUGUUGUCUAGUCUUCAGACUAGUGUGUCACUGGUAGCAGCAUCUCCAGAGCAGUUGUAAUGCUUGUCACAGACCAAAUGCUUGUUUGCACCCGGGGCAGAUCAAGAUAAUGUUGGGCUGGGCUGACGGCGGGAUCCAUCAUGUGUCACAGUUUUAAUGAGUGGCAAAUAGCCUCUGCAUGGUGUACAAAUAAAACGCAUCGAACAAGUGUCUCAAGUUUUAUGAGCAAUGGGAAAAAGAGGACCAGGGUGACAGGCAGACCCAGUUUCCUUGGAGGAAAAGACUUGAAGUUAGCCAUAAGUGAGUUUGCACUUCCAAAGUAUGAAAGGGGGCACGGCCAGACUGAUGCACUUAACGCACCGCUCCCCUCAGUCAGGGUCUUUUUGGUGUCAUGUAGGAUUGUCCGAUAGGAAGUCUGUACAGGAGAUGGAUCAUUUUUCCAUGACCACUCGGCUCUCUGUGUUAAAGUGGUGCACCAUAAGAUCACCUCUUUGUACUGCAUCGCAGUGAUGACGUCCAUGAUUAGUCAUGGAUAACAAACAUGAAAGAGAAAAAAGGGACGCUUUAUUAAAUCUCAUACUGUUCAUGUGAACCAGGGGGAGGGGAAUAAACCUGAAAAAUGAA